ACAAAACCCCCUUUUGACACGUCAGGUUUUGGUUCGCACUUUCUGGCAUUCCCCAGAAUAUUCAUUUUUCAGAAGUUUUUUUGGCAACAACAUACAUUUUAAUACGCACUACUACGGGAAUAAAUUGCGAAAUGAGACUGAAAACUAAUUUAUGUUUAAUAUUAGCCACUGCAAUAGUGCUGUUUCAGUUUACUGAAGCACUGCCUGUGACCAAAAAUAAAAAGGAGGAAAAGGAAGAAGCGCCCGCAACUCCGGCUACUCCGGAUGUGGAAACUGCAUUGGAGUAUGAAAGGUAUCUGAAAGAGGUUGUAGAGGCACUUGAGAGUGAUCCUGAUUUCCGAAAAAAGUUAGACAAAGCACCAGAAGCUGAUAUACGCAAUGGCAAAAUUGCACAAGAAUUGGAAUAUGUGAAUCACCAUGUACGCUCGAAAUUAGAUGAAAUCAAGCGACGUGAAGUCGAACGUUUGCGGCAGCUGGUGAAUCACGAGUACGAGUUGGAAAAUGAAAUUGAUCGUGAACAUCUUAAAAUUCCACAACAUUUGGAUCACCAGAACGAACACACCUUUGAAAUUGAUGAUUUGAAGAAGUUGAUCAAAAAAACAUCUGAGGACUUAGCUGAAGCGGAUAGAAAACGUCGUGCUGAGUUUAAAGAAUAUGAAAUGCAGAAAGAAUUCGAGAAAGAGAGCAAAUUGAAAGAAUUGCCUGAGGAGGAACGCAAAAAAUUCGAACAAGAAGAAAAGGAAAAAGAAGAAAAACAUAAGAAACACGAAAAAGUGCAUCACCCCGGAAACAAAGCACAAUUAGAAGAUGUAUGGGAACAACAAGAUCAAUUGGACAAGAAGGACUUCGAUCCACACACAUUCUUCAUGAUGCAUGACGUGGACGGCAACGGCUACUGGGAUGAGAUCGAAGUGAAGGCACUUUUCGUCAAGGAACUUGACAAGGUCUACCAAUCCGGUUUGCCCGAAGAUGAUAUGCGCGAACGUGCUGAGGAGAUGGAGCGUAUGCGUGAACACGUGUUUGAGGAGACUGACACCAAUCGCGAUGGACUAAUCAGUUUCCAAGAGUUUUUGGAACAAACUAAACGCGAUGAGUGGAACAAGGAUCCGGAAUGGGAGACGGUUGACGAAAAGCCGCAAUACACACAUGAAGAGUAUCUGGAAUUCGAAAGGCGUCGUCAAGAGGAAAUUCAACGCAUGAUUGCGCAGGGAUUGUUGCCCGCACACCCGAACAUGCCACAGGGUUAUUAUCCCAAUGGUGCACAUGAAACGUAUCAAGUGGGCGGACAACAGCAAGUACCAGUUGGCCAACAACAGAUGCACUAUCAACAACCGCAACAACAACACAUACAACAGCAACAACAAUACGCGCAACAGCAACAACAGUAUGUGCAUCAACAACAGCAGCAAUAUCCACAACAGCAACAAUACCAAGGACAGCCCGUGCAAUUGCAUCCGAAUCAAGCCUACCAGACGGUUAAUGCUCAACCACAACAACAACAGCAAUAUCAACAGGUGCCACAACAACAACAAUAUCAGCAAGUGCCACAACAACAACAAUAUCAGCAAGUGCCACAACAACAACAACAAUACCAGCAGGUGCCACAACAACAACAGUACCAACAGGUGCCACAACAACAAGUACCACAACAACAGCAGCAGCAGCAGCAAGUACCUCAACAACAAGUACCGCAACAGCAGCUGCAACAACAACCACAAGCGCAGCAGCCUGUGAAGACUCAACAACAGCAACCCCAAGCAGCAGCACCCGUACCACAGGCGCAACAGCAACAACAAGCACAACAACCAAUACAAAAUCAACAACAACAACAACAGCAACCACAGGCACCAGCACUCGCACCACAGGCACAACAACAACAACAACAGCAAAACAUUCCAAUAAAGCAUUGAAAAGACACGUCUUAUAAUUUCGCUUCCGCUGUCGCUUAAGUUUAGACAGCUGCAGCUAUUUACAUAGCAAACAGAGGAACGUUGACGAAAGCGUUUUUCUUAUGCAACAAUACAUAAAAUUGUGAACAACGUGCUAACUUCAAAAACAAUUAAUGAGAAUAGUCUGUUUCAACAAGCAUACAUACAUACAACUUGUAUAGAUGUUAAUUCCAUUUUUUCUUCGAUUCUAACUUUUAACGCUUACGUAUGAACACAUACGGCAGUUGAUGUGGCAUUUUGUAUACAAAAAACUUAUAUUUUUUCAUUAACAAACGAAUUUUCCACAAUAAACCAUUGACGAUAGUAACUGUAAAGCAA